AUGUCAGUAAUCAUCAGUGACCGGACUCUGGAGAAGAACAGGCUUCCCGUAUGUAAUGUAUUCAUCUAGUUACUUAGAAAUUUAGAAACUGACUAGCAGCCAGAAGCCAUCAAAGCUGUGUCCAGCAAGAUAAAAACGAGAUAAAAUACCCCCGGAAAAGUUCUAAAAACAAUUGAAACCAUUCAUAGAAACUCUAAAAGCAAUAAAACCAUUUCUAUAGAUGUACAAUUAAUAAAUUAAUAAACGACUAGGCCGCGCUUCAGGGAAUGCCUUCUUAAACAAACAUUUCCUCAGUAGGUUCCCUAAAUGUUGUGUUGCUAGGAUCCUGAAGAAUUUUCAGCAGAUAAUUGAUGUUGGGGGCCAAGGCAUUGUCAGAAUAGCAUUUUCCACAAAGUUCUCUUUAAAAAAUAAAUGAAUAAAAGAAUGAAAGCGGAAGCUUCAUCACUUCAUAAGAGGCUCAUAGAGAAAUUCUAACAAACUAUGCAUUUGCAUCAAAUUUAUCUUUCAUUUUCAACCAGGCUAUUCUUUGAAAGAGAAACUGAAGCUGAAACUUUAAAAAUUGCACAUCAGUGGGGUUUUUUAAAUCCACUCAUUUUUUUUCCAUUACAAAACCACACUGUUUAUUGUUUCUCUAUCCAACUUCUGUGGGAGUGUAUCUAUGAGAUGCUACUUGCUUGACUGCAUAUUGCAUCAGUGCUGAUGUAUAUGUGUGCAUACGUUUUGAUUUUAAAGUUAAAGAUUCCAACUGAUUAAUAUUUCCUUCAGGUUAAGUAUCCAUUGUUCUGAACCUUCAUAUCACUUCAUCCUCCAGGGAGUAUUUGUUGUUUGAAAAGGUGCCUUGAGUGCAUUUCUAAACAUGACUUAGGUUGCAUAUGCACCAUACAUAUAAAGCACAUCUUCCCCCACCCCAGUGUAAGGGGGAGAAGCAUUGUGGAGGGGAGAGAAGGCUUGGGGUGAGGGGGAAUGACCUCUAAAGGGAGGGGGUUGGUCAUGUGUAGGAGGAAGCAGCCCCUAAUAACUGUAUAUCAGCAUAAAACCCUUGCUAGAUGUGCAAAAGUUGGUUUGCAGCCAAUGUGAACAUAGGAAACUGCCUUAUAUCAGGUCAAGGCAUUGGGCCACCCAGAUGAAGACUGUCUCCUCUAUAGGGGUGGAAUGAUCCGUCAAUUUCAGUUCUCUUAAUUGCUCAUUUUUAUGAAUGUUAAAUUCAGUUCUCCACAUUUCUGCAGCAAUUAAAAAAAAAAACUUCAUGUAAAUUCUCCAGCACGUUAGUGCAGAUUUCUCCUGAUCAACACAUUUUUUUACACAGUUUUGCAAGCAAUUUCUCCUCCUAAUAGAUUGCAUUCUUGUGUGUUACUCUCCACCACAGUAUAUUCAUUUGUAUACAUACUGUCUGCUAAUAAUAUGCCUGUUUGUAAGCAUUGGUUGGUUGGAAGAACUGCGUUGCAAAAUUUGGAUGGGUGUGGAUUCUGAAAGGUGGCUGGCUGUGUUUCAGUUUUCUGGUUGUUUUUGUAAGGCAUGAGUUUCAUAGACCUGCCUUUAAAAGUGAACUGAAUCGAAUUUCUCCCCUAUCCCUGCUCCUCUGUGGUUUUCCAAGGUCAGGCAGAAAAAGUCUUCCCCAUCCAGUGUGGUGGAGUCUCCUUCUUUGGAGGUCUUUAAGCAGAGGCUUGACAACCAUAUAUCAGGAGUGCUCUGAUGGUGUUCCUGCUUGGCAGGGGGUUGGACUCGAUGGCCCUUGUGGUCUCUUCCAACUCUAUGAUUCUAUGAUUCUAUGAUUCUAUCAGCUGCUACCUGAUUCUUUCAACUGGAGAUACCAGGGACUGAACGUUGAACUUUCUGCAUCCAAAGCAGGCAUCUGCUCUACCACUACAUCAUGAUCCCUCCCUGAACCUGAGAACUUCCUUGUGCGAAACUGUACAUUUCCUGCAGGCCUGCUUCAAAAAGGUGCAAAAGCACUCUUCUGCCACUUCCAACGGGGCGGUUUUGGUGGGUGCUAUACAUUUAAAGCACACUUCUACAAUCAUGGUUUCCCCCCCCCCAAAAAAAAUCCUGGGAACUUUGCAAAAGGUGCUAACAUCACAGAUCUACCAUUUCCACCACGCUUAACGAACAACAGUUCCCAGGAUUCCUCAUGACUGUUAACGUGAUAUAAGAGUGCUUUAACUGUAGGCUGUGAACAUGUCCCAAAUCACCCAGGGACUGCAUUAUGAUUUCCUGUCAAACUUGACUACGGUACUUUAAAUGGCAAUUUGGCCACCAGUAGGAUAAGCUCAGGUGACACAGCCCAUUUAUGUGGUGCACUGUCACCACAAUAAGCCACUACCUCUUGUCUGUGUUGCACUUCUUGUUAAGUGCCAAGCAUUAAACCCAGUCUGGCGAAGGCUACCCCUUUAAGACAACCCUUAAAAGAGGAAGUGAAAAUCACAGCUGAAGAUCCACAGACGCAGCACGGCUGUCCUGCAGAGCAGAAAAUUCUCCCACACACUGCAGCAGCCCUGCCUGCAACAGGAGUUAUGGAUUCUGUUUCCUUCCACCAGUACAUCUGCGAUCUGGAUCUUUGCUCCUUGCCUAGAGUGGUGAAGAUCUGCUCUGGAGUCUACUUCCAAGGUGAGCAUCACUGACUGCUUCUCUCUUUGCCGCCAGCAGAUUCAUCCUAAAGUUGGGAGGCGGGAGGUGAAGACAAGUAAUGGAGCUUUUUGAGCAUGCUGGUUGUAAUUAAGACAAAGCUUGAGCUGCAAUCUUAACCCAAAGCCAAGAUUGGCCUGGGAUGAGAGUCUUGUUCUUGGCAGGACAGCAAAAGGCCAGCAAGCCCCUGGUGCCCCCCUCCCAACUUAGCCCUCCGAGUUCCAGUGCAAGUGCCCCUGGCUGCUUCCCCUCUGCCCAGACCUGCCCAAAGCUGUUACGAUAUGCCAGGAUUGAUUUGCGUAGCCAUUGCGGGUGAGAUGGCCAGUGUUCAGGGUUUGGGGAAGCAAUGACUGUUUUGCUCACUGUGAAAGAGUUGUGCGUGAGGACUCCUUCCACAACUGUGUCUAAGUGGGGAAGUGGGAACAGGAGAUGUCGCUGAUCUCCCACCCAGCUUUUGGACUUGCCAAAGGUAUCUGAUUGUCCACUAUGGGAAAUGGAAACCUCAGUUCUGAUUGAUCCAAGUUCCUUGAAGAAGACAUUGGCAUGUCCCCCCCCCCCUCCCCGUUCUUAUCAACAAAUUGAUGGUAUAUGUCAAUCAGUGGCUGUUAGCCAACAGCAGCAAAAGGGGACUGCCAUGUUCAGGGAAAGUAUACCUUGAAAUGAUUGUUGCUGGCAAGCGAAAAUGGGAGAGGGCUGUUGCUUUCAUGUAGGCCUGUUUGUAGGCUUGCCAGAGGCAUUUGGUUGUGAAGAACAGAAUGGUGGACUAGGUCAACCUUUUUUUCUGUCUUCUGAGGGCUCUUCUUACCUUCCUAAGUGACUUGAGCAAGGCUGUUCCUGGAUGUGAUCAGGAGCCAUGGUGCAGCAUUUAUGCAACAAAUUUACUUGGGAGGAUGGAAGGUCAAGGUUAAUUAAUAGAGCUCCAUUGCUAGCACUAUAGAACAGUGGUCCCCAAGCCUUUUCCUUCCACGGACCACUUGCCAUGGGCUGGCUGGAUGCAGAGGAGGUGGUGGGAGGCAGCAGCUGUGGGGAACCCCCAAGGGAAGAAGGCUCAGAGCCCAGGGAUUGGCGGUGGGAUGACCAUGAGUGGCCAGAGGGAGAAGAGGGAGCAGACUGGGAGGAGGGUUGUCGGAAGCUGAAAAGGUAACAGGGUUUAGUGAACAGGAAGAGUCUGUGACAGAGAGCGGUUCAGAAUCGGUGGCGGAAGUGGAGGCUGGAGAGGAGGGUGGCCUUGGGGCAGCAAUGAGUCAGGCUGGUUAAGAAGCUGGAUCUUGAAGUGGCGUGACUUGACUUGAUUCAAUUUAUUUUGUUUUAUUUCUAUGCCGCUUUUCAUUCACAUAAAUUGCAAAGUGGCUUACAAACAAUGAAUAACAUAAUAGAACAUCACAAAUACAACACAAAUCAUAUAAAACAAUUAACAAAUCAUCAGUAAAACAAUUACCGUCUAUAAAACACUAUUAACAAAACAACUAAAAAAAUAAGCUAAACAACACAAUUACAGCAUUCACAAUGCACUACAGUAUUCAUAAUACAUUGGUACCUCGGGUUACAUACGCUUCAGGUGACAUACGCUUCAGGUUGACAGACCCUUCAGGUUACAGAAAUAGUACCUCGGGUUAAGAACUUUGCUUCAGGAUGAAAACAGAAAUCGUGCAGUGGCAGCAGGAGGCUCCAUUAGCUAAAGUGGUGCUUCAGGUUAAGAACAGUUCCAGGUUAAGAACGGACCUCCGGAACGAAUUAAGUACAGUGGUAUCUCAGGUUACAUACACUUCAGGUUACAUACGCUUCAGGUUACAGAGUCCGCUAACCCAGAAAUAGUGCUUCAGGUUAAGAACUUUGCUUCAGGAUGAGAACAGAAACCACGCGGCGGCAGCAGGAGGCCCCAUUAGCUAAAGUGGUGCUUCAGGUUAAGAACAGUUUCAGGUUAAGUACGGACCUCCGGAACGAAUUAAGUACUUAACCUGAGGUACCACUGUACUUAACCUGAGGUACCACUGUAUAUAAAACAAUAUUAACAUUAACAAAAUAGCAAAUAAAAAAUAAGCUUAAGUUUUGUUGAAUUCACACCCCCACACUCCCCACCCCCAUGACUAAUAAUCUUCCACUCUAUUCAGUUUGUGAAAAGACAUCUGCAGAUAAUGCUCCUAGGGUUGGUUGAUGGGGCAAGGCAGGUGGAAAAACCCAUUGCCCGGUGGCCAGCACAAAGUCUUUCUCCUCCACAUUUCAGGCUAUAUAUGUAUACUAGGUAGGAAAAUGGUGUUAAGACACCAAAAGCAUCCAAUGAGCUUCUGCCUGAACAUUGCAUUCUGAUGCCACAAUUUGGGAAGAGGAGAAUGAGCAACCUUUUUAAAAGACAUAUGUAAUGAUAAUCAUCUUAGCCUCAAAGUUUUAUUGGAGUAAAUUUGGAAAGUGAAAUAAAACAUUAAGAGAUGGCUAAGAUGGUGUUAAGAUACUGUUUUGACGGAAUACUAUUUUGCUAUUAUGACCAAUGUUGUUAAGACACCUUUAUAAUUGACACAAUUUUGAAAAAUGGAAGUUUCUGUGUCACAACAAUCACAUGUGCAAUUACAUCAGUGUUUUGGAGAAAGUAAGAAAAAUAAAAGUUUGAAGAAAGAAACCUGUUUUCAGCAAAUAUGUGUGAGUCUAGAGUGCGUGGGGAUUCUAAGUGUAUCUUAGAUUUGAUUCUAUUUUUAAAUGGUGUGCAUUUGUGGCAUGCAUGCUAUUUGAAACUGCUGCUCAGGGUUCCUCUUUAUUGUUUCCUGCUGACUUGUUUACUUUGCCCGCUUUUUUAUCAGAGCCUUUAUCUGAUCCUCCAGACCUUUGCGCUGAAUGUGGAUAGGGCUAAAGCAGAGAUUGCCCAUGAGAUUGCCCGUGAUUGCCUUCCUGAUGUUGCUGGACUACAACUCCCAUCAUCCCAGACCACUGGCCAUGCUGGUUGUGGAUGAUGGGAGCUGCAGUCCAACAAUCUCUCUGGAGGGCACUUCUUUGACUAUCCCUGGUCUAAAGUGGUAUUCACGUGUGGAGACAUUGAGAGCAGGGCUUUGCUUUCUCACUUCAUUCUCUCACACAUUGAUCCAGCCAGGGCUCCUGUGUUGUCUCCUGUACUGAAUCCUGUUUUAUUUGUAUGGGUGGGUAAAUCUGUCAAUUUUGGUUUCCCUCAGUUCUCUCUCUCUCUCUCUCUCUCUCUCUCUCUCUCUCUUCAUUUUUAAGUUCAAUCCUUCAAAGAUCCAAAUUGGUUUGAGAUUUCACUUAUUUAAGUCCUUAUGAAAUUUAUCAGCGUUUUAGUCUGAAUUUCCCCUAUUAUACACAAUAGUAUGUCACUUUGUCCAAUACAGUGGUACCUCGGGUUACAUACACUUCAGGUUACAUACGCUUCAGGUUACAGACUCUGCUAACCCAGAAAUAGUGCUUCAGGUUAAGAACUUUGCUUCAGAAUGAGAACAGAAAUUGUGCAGCAGCGGCACAGCGGCAGCGGGAGGCCCCAUUAGCUAAAGUGGUACCUCAGGUUAAGAACAGUUUCAGUUUAAGAACGGAUCUCCAGAAGGAGUUAAGUUCUUAACCUGAGGUACCACUGUAUGCACAUUUUUGCAAAGCAAUUUCUCCUUAUAUAAUGCAUUUUGGGGUGUAAUUGUCACUAAUAUGCACACUUCACCCAUAUGCUGCCUUGUGGGACCUCUUCUGGAAAAGAAAAGCCUAAGGAGUAAAACCUACUCAAAUCCAAAAUGGAGUCCCCAAGAUGGCUGGAUGGCGUCUGUACGCCUCCUUCCAGCAACUCCUGCAGCCAGGUUGGUGCCACAUCAGCAAGGCUGAGGGGGAUGGGUCAUGUUGUCGAGGCAGCCCAGGACCUCCAUAUACACUGCCCAGGUGUGUGCCUUGCAGAGUUCACUUUGGUUCUGCUAAUGCAACAAAAACAAAGCGAGAGGCAGACAUUACUGGUCUCUGCAGCCACAGCAAGCGCUGUGAUUCUCCACUGAUUUGACUUCGCCCCUGGAGGCAACACUCGAUUGUAUUUCGAGACAGAUUCUAACAACAACCCAUAUGCGUUUUUGCAAACAUUACACGGCUGAAGAACUGCAUUGCAAUAAUUCUGUGAAGUAUGAAUUUCGAAAAAGGGCGGUUUCAGUUUGUGUAUUGUUUCGGACACUGCAAUUUUGGUAGUAUGCAUUUCAGAUUAUUUCUCCCCCAUCGCUAAUUGCAUUGGGCUUUUUCUUUCUUUGGCCUGAGCAUGGAAGAUAUUGAGGGAAGCUAUAAAGCAGAAGGGUGAAACUACACAUAUUGCGUCAGAGGAGUUGAAAAGUGGGAACUGGUGAUGUUACCGGGAAGACAAAAUAGAUUGGGUAUGUGAAAUCAGGAAGUUCUUGUGACAGAUUGCAGGGCCUUGGGUUAAAGAAGGGCAAAGCUAAGCAGAACCCUUCGGAGUAGCUUGUAUGGGGGUGGGAACAGCAGAGGACUGGUUUAUUUCAGGCCCGGUGGGCUUCCCCUUUCUCUCCCCUACUAAACAGACAGCAGAAAGUGGCAUAGAGUUGUGUGCAUUGACGAAUGCUCAGAAUAGAGAAUACCAACUUGAGGAUGGCAUGUAUACAAAUUAGGAACAUGUAAAUUGGAAAGGCUAAAAGCAUCAUAAAGAACUUGGAGGGUUGGUUUUUUAAAAAACAAGCAGCAUACAAAUUUUAUGAAAGAGAGAGAGGAAGAUGUGAACCAAGGUUUAAUAUCUGCAAAGGACUCAGAUUCCAUUGGUCUCAUGCAGGGGUCAGCAAAAUUUUUCAGCAGGGGGCCGGUCCACUGUCCCUCAGACCUUGUGGCGGGCAGGACUAUAUGGGGGGGGGGGGGUUGAACCAAUUCCUAUGCCCGACAAAUAACCCAGAGAUGCAUUUUAAAUAAAAGGUCACAUUCUACUUAUGUAAAAAUAACGCUGAUUCCCGGACCAUCUGCGGGCCGGAUUGAGAAGGCGACUGGGCCAGAUCUGGCCCCCAGGCCUUAGUUUGCCUACUCAUGGUCUCAUGCUUUCAGGGAUCAUUUCCAUAGUACUGAGCUAGGGAAGUCUGCUUCAAGGUGAUGGGGCCCGUGAUUGGUGGCUGGGAAAAAGGAUAUUGAGCAAAAUGGGGUUAGAUGGGGCGGGCAAGGAAGAAUGGGGAAAAAGAGAUCUGAGAAAGAGUGGGGAGGUGUUGUGCUGGUUUUAGUCACUUGAUUCUGGUCUGUUAGGGCAAGGGAGCAUUGGCCUGAGUCAUCACUCGCCUGUGUGGCUUUUUACUUCUAUCCAGUCCUGAAUCUUUAGGCUGGCUCUGAGUCAGACACACACCUGUGCCUUCCCUUCCCUCAUUUGGAUUCUGCAUACACUUGAUGAAGCAGAUGUAGGCUACCACUUUUCCAAGGGUCAUUAAAAAGAGGAACAAAUAAUGCUAUUUGAACAGAUUCGUUUCCCCCCCCACUCCCAAACCUGUAAGGAAAAGUUGCAUUACUUCUCCCACCUAGAGUGGCUGUGUGCCCUACUUCUAUCUAGGUUAAUAAUAAUAAUAAUCUGAUCUUAUAAUAAUAAUACUUAGCAUUUGUAGAAUGCUUUUCAUUACUUUUUAAAAUCUUUACAGCAUUCCUGAAAGGUAGGACAAUACUGCUAUUCCCAACAUUAGAGAGAAGAGAGGGGGCUCCUAAAACUGAGAGACAGCAGCUCUUCAAAAUACCUCCCUGGAUUUGAACUAGGAGCACCACAGCUCUGGUCCUACACUCUACCCACUAGACCAUAUUGUCUUUUAUAAUUAAUUAAUUAAUUAAUUAAUAAUGUUUUUAAAGUAAUUUUUAAAAACAUUAUUAUUAUUAUAAAUUACUUUAAUAAUGGCUGAAUUUUUGAGUGCUGUCCAUGUAGAAAGACUAGGCCAUUAUAAAGAGAUUUAGUGGUUCUUAAUUGAUCAGUGAUGUGGUAGUGUUGUAUUGUAUUAUUUAUGCAAAUUGAUUUCCUCUGGAGUUACAGAUCUGACUGGGACAAACCUCGUUAUGCUGAGCUCGUAUUUUGCACAAUUUGUAUACGGUGUCUGUUUGAUAAUGUGUGGUUUGCAAUGCCUAAUAAAGGAUAUUUGAUGAUGACUAAUGUUUUUACAGUAUUGUCUUUUUAACCACCCUGCUAGCAGUUUGGCUUCCUGAAUACUAACUAAGACCUCCACUUUCUCCAGGAUCUGUUUAUGAAGUCUCUGGCAACGAAUGCUGCUUAUCAACAGGAGAUCUGAUGAAAAUUAUUGAUGUUCAGCUGCAGAACAUCUCCUGCAAGAAUGUGGAGAAUGGGCACAUAUAUGAGCUGCCGCUGGAUUUUAAAGGUAUGUGCAUUGUUUGCUUGUUUGAUUAAAUUUGUACUCUGUCCUUCAGCUGAAGGUUCCCAUGCUCUCAAGGCAGUUUACAAUACAAAAAAGUGUUCUCUGCCCUUUUUAGUAGUGCCCACAGUGGAAUUUUCACAGAUCAUGUGAACCUUCCUGCAUGACUGGGUGUGUGUGGAUUUUUUACGUUUACUUUUACAGUGGACUUCCGCUGGAACACACGACUCGUGAGCCACUUCUGCUUCCAGUCUCUCCUUAUAUAACUUGACAUACAUGAUGUCAUAUAUAAUGUCAGGUGCUUUGGGCAGGUAGGCAUGGUUUGGCUGAAAUUGCAUUUUGUUUAGUUAGUUAUAACAGCAUUUAUAAACCCACCCUCUUGUAGAAUAUUAAGGCUGUGUACAGCAAUACAAAAACACCUUUCAAAAGCAGUAUGAAACAAUUCAUGAAAAUGACUGGCUACUCAAGAAAAUAUUAAACAAGGGCCUAGUCCUGUCAGCAGGAAAAAGGAGUUUUCAAGAGACGCCUCGAAGAGUAAGGCAAGGAUAGAAAUUUAGUGACUCAGAAGGAAGGUACAUACAGUGGUACCUCGGGUUAAGUACUAAAUUCGUCCCAGAGGUCCGUUCUUAACCUGAAACUGUUCUUAACCUGAGGUACCACUUUAGCUAAAGGGGCUUCCUGCUGCCGCCGGGCCGCCAGAGCACAAUUUCUGUUCUCAUCCUGAAGCAAAGUUCUUAAGCCGAGGUACUAUUUCUGGGUUAGUGGAGUCCGUAGCCUGAAGCGUAUGUAACCUGAAGUGUAUGUAACCCGAGGCACCACUGUAUUAAGAGAACAGACACCAGGAAGUGGCUUAGCAGAAACGGUAUCGAGACAGAGAAGAGGGCCAUGGGCCUAGUGACACCAAAUACCCGACUUCUGCUUAAGACAAGCUGCGGCUCUAUAAUGUGGGCAACAGCUGCAAUCGCUACUCUGGAUGACCUCAGUGGAUUUAUAUCCCAGCCAGAUGGGCGGGAUAUAAAUGUUAAAAAAGUAUUAUUAUUAUUUUAUUAAUUUUAUGGGUGGCCAGUGCAGAUGUCUUAGCAGAGGUGUUGCAUGCUGUCAGCCAUCUGCCCCGAUCUAGCUGUUGCACUCUGCCAUACAUUGGGCCAUAGUUCAGCGGUAAAGCAUGGGCUUUGCAUUCAGGCCCCAGUUUUCAUCCCUGGCAUCUCCAGGCCAAAGGACCGGGACUUCUGGCGACAUUAACUCUCUCCUCUUCAAACUUCACAACAAUAUGAAUCACAUGAGCCCUCUCGUAGGGCAAGGAAACAGAAGAGCCUGGCACUUUUUCUCUCGGGAGUGAAUAUGUCAUCUGCAAGAGCAGGAUUUGCCAGGGGUUUAGAAGACAAGGCAGGACCUGGCACACAAUCACUUUGUUAGGUAGACCAGGCUCACACUGCUUAUACACACCAUACAUUUAAAGCAAAUAAUAUUGGCAGCUGUAAUUUGUUGAGGGUGCUGGGACCGGGAGUAACUACAAUUCCCACGAUUCUCUGGAGGAAGCAAUGUACUUUAAAUGUACACUGGGCCCCUCCUGAUGACCUGUUUAUUCAGCAUUCAAUGUGAUGUACUUGCACAGAGUUUAUACUUGGACAAGGGUGCCAACACGCCCCAGUUCCACUGGUGAGAGGCACUAUUUAGUGGGCUGUUGCUGGGGCCUGACACCCACCCACCCCCUCCAACUUUAUUUUCUUAACCCUCUGUUUUGUGCAGGUUUGAUAUAUCAGAAAACCUGUUCCCUAUUUAAAAAAUGUUCUACCUGCAUGCAUGGACACAAUGGACAUUAGGUUCCUGGAAUAGGGAGGGUGAAGAAGUACAGUACUAAUUGUGGGGAGGAGACAAAAACACAGUGUGCAAAUGCAUCCCAUCAAGUACCACCCACGUUUGUGAAUGGGAAACACUGAGAUUUGAGUUCAACCGAAAGUGCUUGUGUGUGGAUGAUGGUGCAUAAAAGCCCAUGUGAAUUAACACUCCGGCGUGUACACAGCUCUUGCCUUGUAUUUUAUUGCUUUAGAAAUAGCUUGUAAUGAAAGUGGCGUGUAUAGGGCUGUCAUAUGUUUUGCUUUACACGGAACAGUGCUAGGAACAGGUGGGGCAGGACUCUCCUCCUGACACUGCCAUUGCUGCUGCUUACCUUCAGAAGACAUCUGAAGGCAGCCCUGUUUAGGGAAGCUUUUAAUGUUACCACUGUAUUUUAAUAUUUUGUUGGAAGCCGGCCAGAGUGACUGGGGAAACCCAGCCAGAUGGGCAGGGUAUAAAUAAUAAAUUAUUAUUAUUAUUAUUAUUAUUACCUAAUGCAGCAAGGCAAUGGUGAGGUUGGGGCAGUGCAGACCACCAGUGGAAGCACCCGACUGUCUCUGCUGCUGUACCAGCCCUGCCUGCAACCUCGCCAUUGUCCUGCCCCAUCCAGGUAACCUGGUGUCAGGCAGGCAGCCACAACUCACCACACUGGCCAUUCCUCUCUUUGAAGGGCUGUUCAGUCCAAGUCUAGUUUAAAGAUCAAGAGCCCUAUGAAGAGAGAGCAGCAGACUUGGAGUUGCCCAUAGACAAACUGAGCAGUCGCCUGAGCCACCUGGUCUUUCCUGCUAUGGUGAGAUCAUACUGUAUUCCUAUCAAAGCAAUAGGAAUUACUUAUAAUUUGGCGUCUGUACAUAUAAAUUAGCACAUGAAGUUGCUAUGCAAAUCGGUGUCCUCUCCAUCACCGCCACCCUGGCAAUUUGCAGGUGGCCCCUUCUCAGGAUAUAGCUACUUAAAAUAACAACUCUAAUUUUGCAUACCCCACCCAGGUCUUUUUCAGCCCAGUUCAGAACUGCCGCAUGGAGCAAAGAGGAAAUCUUUCUCUCGGGGCUCUCCCUUCCGCAAGGACAAGUUUUUGGACUGCCAACAGCCACAGCGCUACACGAUCCAGGAGGUCCUGCAGUCAGCAGUCUUGCGGCGGAAGAGGCUAACCUGCCCGGAAAUUGGCACGAGUGAGGUCCAGCUCUACCCAACGUAUAAAGUGAAAGCGAUAAUGCAUUGUAAGUAUAGACUGAGCUGCGGCUUCCUCUAGGCUGGGAAGGCGUGGUGGAGGGAAGAGUGUGAUUUGGUUUGCCUUUGCAAGGCAAGGUGCAUGUGUACACAUCUGCCAAAAUGUCUGCUUGAGGAACAUACCUUCCUGAUAGAGCAUCUUCUUUGCACACGGGAAGUUCCAGGUUCAGACCCCGAUAUCUCCCUGCUUAAAAAAUCUGAUAGCAGGCAAUGGGAAAGCCCAUGCCGUUUAGGGGUUACAAAAAUGGUAGCUGUGUGAAAUUCAAUUCAGUUCCACUCUGAAACCUAUCUAACUGGCACUCUCUGAAGAAAUAGGCAAACUGAAACACAACCAUCCUUCAAAAUUCACAAGUUUCUAAAUUUUGCAGUGCCGCUCUCCAGCCAAGUAAAUGUAUACAAAAAUUUAUAUACUAGGGCAAAGUCUGCAUAAAGAUUCGUAGACGAGUGAAAAGCACAUACAAAUGCAUUCUUUGGGGGGAAAUUGUUUAGCAAAAAUGCAUAUAUUAGGCAAAAGUGAAUACAAAUGUGUAUAUUAGGAGAAAAUCACACUACAAUGCUGAUAAAUUUUCAUGAGGACUCUUUAAAAAGAAAUCAAAAGUUGAUGCGGCGAUAGGGAAAGCUGACCUUAACACUGCUGAAAUUAGAGAGAGAAAUCAAGAGGCAGAUUUGCUGUUCUUGCCACCAAUGCUGAAGAAUUUUGGUGCAUGUGGCAAGUUCUACAAAGACAGAGAUGGUUUCCAUAUUUAUACCAUUUGCAGAUCCAUCCGAGUACAGCCAUAGCAGCAGGUGAUGGGAUUCCCCUGUAGAAUCUGGAAUGCCACUGAUAAUGAGUCUACGCUUCUAUGAGUCUAUGUCACAGGAAGCUUCCUUAUACCGAAUCAGGCCAUUGAUUAAUCUAACUCAGUACUGUCUACACUGACUGGUAGCAGCUCUCCAGGCUUUCAGGCAGGAGAUGCCAGGGAUUGAACCCGAGAGACAUUCUGCAUGCAAAGCAGAUGCUCUUCGGUGAUCUAAGGUCCUUACCCUUCUGACUGCUGUGAGGCAGAUGGGUACAAAAAGCAGGCCCCCUUUUUAGUCAUGGCACUGAUGCUUUGGAAUGCACUCCCCAAGGAAACCACCCUGGACCCAUCGCCAUAUACAUUCCACCAGCUGGUUGUAGCACAGCUCUUCAGGGAGGCUUUUGGGAAUUGAGUUUGAUGGCCAAUGUAUUUCUGCCACUGGGAUUGUAGUGUGCAUCUACUGCCUGUUUCAUGGUACAGUGGUACCUUGGUUCUCAAACAUAAUCCGUUCCGGAAGUCCGUUCCAAAACCAAAGCGUUCCAAAACCAAGGCACGCUUUCCCAUAGAAAAUAAUGCAAAAUGGAUUAAUCCGUUCCAGACUUUUAAAAACAACCCCUAAAACAGCAAUUUAACAUGAAUUUUGCUAUCUAACGAGACUAUUGAGCCAUAAAAUGAAAGCAAUAAACUAUGUACUGCACAAUCAAUCAAUCAGUAGCUGAACUGGGAGCCACACAGUCACAAAAACAGAACAAAAAGAGCCGCAGAAACAAAAAAGAAAAAUAAAUAGAAACAAACAGACCUCAGCGCAACAUUCGAAAUGGAAGUGUGGCACUCAAAUUGGAAACGUAACAUUCAAAAUAGAGCACAUUCGGCUUCCGAGAAAAGUUCGCAAACUGAAACACUUACUUCCAGGUCUGCAGUGUUUGGGUUCCGAGUUGAGUACCAAGGCGUUUGAGAACCAAGGUACCACUGUACUGUUUUAUUAUAUUUAUUGACAGUUAUGUGUUUUAAAUUUAUUGUCCUUACGUUGGGCUUUUGAAUUGAAUGGCAGUAGUAAAUAAAAUGCAAAGCACUAGCAAUAUCAUUCCUUCUCUUUUCAAUAUUCAAACUGUGUCAUUGGUUAUACAGCCAAUAUACAAUGUACAAGGGAGGCGUUAUCAGUGUGCUUGGAGAACCCCAAUUUAAUGUUUGUUACAUUAAAUACAUAGAGUAUUUCAACUACCCGGAAGUAGUUUCAAGCUGCAGAAAUGAUUAAUUUUUUUAAGGCUGGGGAUGAUUGAGCAGCAUAAGGAUUAUUUGCCUGUGCAACUGAAACCCCUUCUAUACCCCCUAAAUCUGUUCUGGGGGUUCCCCAACACACUGGAACAUAUUUGGAAUGGGCAAAGGGAGAAGAGAGGGGAAGUCCCACUACACUAGCAGCAAUUGUUGCGCUGAUGGCACAUGGCAGAAUACUGCCCAGUUUUCAUGCCUCAUCCUUUUAAAAUAGAAGCCUGUGUGGUGCAAGGGAAGGGCUUUAGCCCAUACAAGGCUCCUCCUGCUUCUGAAAGUGCUACUUGGCACAGGAAGAAAGCUGCUGAAGUAUGAAAUCAAAACAGGGUUGGUAAACUGUGGCCCUCCAGAUCUUGCUGGAAUACAACUCCCAUCAGCCCCAGCCAGCAUAGCCAAGGGUCAAAGAUGAUGGGAGCUGUAGUCCGGCAACAUCUGACCAGUUGCACAGGCUCUCCAGUCCUGAGUUAACACUGCAGCCAGACGGUGGAACUGAUUUCUUGCAAUUUGCUUCUUUCUUGUGGCACUGCUAAGCCACCCUUGCCAGAAAAGGAUUUGAUUUUUCCCUCGAAGGCACCAGACUGGUGCCACUCUUUCCCCUUCCCUGCCCCCAAUCCUUCACUUACAUAUUACCUCUUUGUGUUUUAUUUUGCCCUUCACAACUGACUAAAACCUUACAUUAGUAACACACUUUUAAAAAAAUUAAUAUACUAUUGAAACACACAAGAGGCACAGGUAAGACAAUAAAUGCCAGGGGAGAAAGCAGCGAAACAAGGAACUCAAUAUAACAGUAAACUGGGCAAAGGGGGACAGCAUGAAACAUCAUUAAAGCAGUUGAUGGGGAAACUGUGGCCCUCCAGCUGAUGGCAGCUGAAGUCCCGCAGGAGGGAGACAGGUUUCCUACCUCUGCAUUACUGGUUUGAGAUCAAGAUUGGCUGUCUUUGGAGUCUAGACAAUAAUGAUGGCAACAGGUGGAUAUAUAUAUAUAUAUAUAUAUAUAUAUAUAUAUAUAUAUAUAUAUGUUAAGUCCUCUCUCCCUUAAGCCUUCCACCCAACUUCCAAACACAGCUUCCACAGGAUAUCUCAACUGAUGGUCAGGUUCCUGUUUGUGGGAAUCUUUCCCAGGGCUCUUAAUGACCAUGUGCUGCUUAUUUCUCCAGUUCGAAAUGACGUUGUGCAAAUCAACUCUACCCUGGAUGUAGAGGUGGUCGACGUCACCAAGGAGUCGCGGCACAUCCACUUUAUUAAGCCGCUGAUGCUCAGCGAGGUUCUGGCAAUGGAGGAAGCCCUGCCAGCGGAGGCAGAGAUCCUUGAGGCCCCAGAGAGCCUGCCGGUCUUCCAGAGCGACUGGUUCUCCCACCUACAGAAGGGCUGCCAGAUUCACAUCCACAGCAAGUCCUCAGCAUGGAGGGUCCUGGCCUCGUCUCGCAAAGGCAAGACCCGGACCUGCUACUUCCUCCUCUCCAGCAGCUACGAAGGCUGCUUUCGCCGAUGCCCACGCAGAUUUAGCUGCACUUCGGAGCUGGCCCUCAGUUUUGCCACAGCCAAGAAGCUGCAGGUCAUUGUCACCAAAGACUGCGAGAGCAGCGAAGGGGAAUUUCCUUUGUUCAGUGUAGGAGACCGGCUAGAGGUGCUGUGGGUCGCGAGAGCCAACAAGCCUUCAGCCAUGGACAUGCUUGUGUGCUGCAGGGACAAUGGAGAUGAGGACAGAGAGCAAAUCCAUGUGCCCCUGUUCCUGGAAGCCGGCUUUGUAGAGGAUGUCCGUGACAGCCGGAAAUAUACCAUCUCUGAGGCAGUGGAGCACCUGCAGCUGCCCUGUGAGGUCAAGGUGCUUAGCACUGACUGUGCCUCUGAUCCUCUAGGCUGCUCCUCUGUCCUGACCCUGGAGACCAGGAUCAACUUGCAAUUUCUCACCAUCAGCCUGGCUAAGGAGCCAGCUCUCACCUUUGACAUUCCUCCACAGUGGUUGGACAUGUCUCUCUUCUUCACUGGAGGGCCAGCAAAGGCCACCCCUCCCACUUGCAGUCCGGCGGUGGAAGAGUUGACAGAGGCCUUUUAUUAUCGUUUGCUAAAGUUACUGCCCAGCAAUGCAUCAGCACCUCCGAGACCUCCAAAGCAAAAGGACUCCAGGUGCAACAUGGACCUCAGAAAGGCCAAAGGAGGAGAGAAGAAUGCAGCAGAAACAUCUAAGGUAAUAAGGAAUACGGGAGAAUUAGAGAAAUACAGCAGGGGCAGGAUGUGUUCGUGCAAAGCAUUAAAUACUAGGACUGGAACCGUUUAGUCAACUAUAGUGGUACCUUGGCUUAAGAACAGCUUAGUUUAUGAACAACUUGGAUGAAGAACACUGCAAACCCGGAAGUGGGUGUUUUGGUUUGUGAACUUUACCUUGGAAUAAGAACAUGUUUUGCUUCCUGUUGAGUGUGUUCUAUUUGUAAAUUGAGUCCCCUGCUGCUAUGAGAAAGCACACCUUGGUUUAAGAACACUUUGGUUUAAGAACGGACUUCCAGAAUGGAUUAAGUUCGUAAACCAAGGUACCACUGUAAUGCAUUUCCAAAAAACUGACUGAUGAAAGAGGUGCCACUGAUUGAAUUUAUUAUUUCGGUCACAGACCAGUUCCAGCCCACAGUAUCAAGGAAGUCAUAAAACACGAUAGGGAUACAUUUGAAUUUGCAAUUAGGUAUAGCAGGGACAAUACAGAUAUAGCAAGUUAAAAAAUAUAUAAAUUAAAACUUGGCCACUAAAAUAUAACCUAAAAUUGUCAUUUACUUAAUCAUUAUGAUAGCACAGCUUGUUGCCACUGCUUAAUAAGCCAGCAAGUUUUUAAACAAAGAAUACUUAUUUGUAUUUUGUGGCCUUAAAGGUUUAUAGAUUGCAGGUAUCUCAGAAGAGGCAUUCUUUCAUUUGGGAAUGCUUCUAAAAUUGUGUCUUCUACGACACAGGUACACAUAAUCUAAAAAUGAAUAAAGAUAACCCUCACGUUCAGAACCAGUUUCAUCAUAUUGAAAGACUGGGAAAGCCAAAUUGUGUGCUGUCCCUAGGAGCAGACAAAAUAAUACUGAUGUAAGGGCAGAACUAUCUCCAAACCUAGUUAUGUCUCCCAACAAGUUGUGCCUUUUGAUUCCCCUCUUCCAUUUGUUCAACUUCUGAAUAGCUUUUAAAAAAUUGUAUAGGUGGCCCAUUUCAUAACUUGGACGCAUGAGUUGAAUGAAUGAUUAAUUCCUAACACAAGGUGCUAACUUUGCAUGCAUGGAUCGCCCCCUGCCACCCACUGAUUUGUGCUCGCCCCCUGCCACCCACUGAUUUGUUAAUUGGGCAUGGAUAUCAUGGACGCGGGUGGCGCUGUGGGUAAAACCUCAGUGCCUAGGACUUGCCGAUUGUAUGGUCGGCAGUUCGAAUACCCGCGGCGGGGUGAGCUCCCAUCGUUCGGUCCCAGCUCCUGCCCACCUAGCAGUUCGAAAGCACUCUUAAGUUCAAGUAGAUAAAUAGGGACCGCUUUAUAGCGGGAAGGUAAACGGCGUUUCCGUGUGCUGCGCUGGUGCUGGCUCGCCAGCUGCAGCUUCGUCACGCUGGCCAUGUGAUCCGGAAGUGUCUUCAGACGGCGCCGGCUCACGGCUUCUAGAGCGAGAUGAGCACGCAACCCUAGAGUCGGACACGACUGGCCCGUAUGGGCAGGGGUACCUUUACCUUUACCUUUUAUCAUUUUUCCAGUGAAUUAAAAAAGAAAGAAAAGGAAUGUUAGUACAACAUUGGCCAUGCAGGUCAGAGUUGCCAACUUGACAAAAUAAGAUGAAAUGUUUGUGUUAUUUAUCUCAGCUGUUGAGGGGAUAGCUGAGUAGACAGAAGGUGGCAAGCAAGAGCACCAUCUGGUUAAGACUUAGAAUAAUGGAAUCAUACAAUCAUAGAACCAUAGAGUUGGAUGGGGCAAAGGGGAUAAUCUAGUCCAACCCCCCACAAUGCAGGAAUCUCAACUAAAGCAUUCAUGACAAUGUUCACCCAACCUCUGCUUAAAAACUUCCAAGGAAGUAGAGUCCACAACCUCUCAAGGGAAACCGUUCCACUGUCUAACAGUGUUUACGCUCAGAAAGUUCGUUCUGACUUUCUGACAGUACAGAGGAUGGCAGAGUAGAUGGCUCAACACAAUAAACAGGAAUGGUCCAACAACAGUUAUGCCAAGUAAUAACUUCAACCCCUGUAAGGCCAUUUGAAGUCCAGGAAGUACAGUGGUACCUCUGGUUGCGAACGGGAUCCGUUCUGGAGGCCCGUUCGCAACCUGAAAAGAACGCAACGCACGUCUGAGCAUGCGCAGGUCACGACUCGCCGUUUCAGCAAAUGCGCGUGACAUCAUUUUGUGCGUCUGCGCAUGCGCAAGUGGCGAAACCUGGAAGUAACCCUUUCUGGUACUUCCGGGUCACUGUGGGACGCAACCUGAAAACGUGCAACCUGAAGCAAACGUAACAUGAGGUAUGACUGUAAUACACAUUCCUAUCUUAAGCAUCCACCCCUGAUAAGACCAUUCAGUUAAGUGUAAAAUUAACUAACUACACAGGAGCCCUACCUCAACCCCACCGCCUUGCUUCCUGAGCCAGACACCCACUUCCCACUUUGGCACUCUAGGAGGGCACUUUCCACAAAAUCCAGCUCUGCCCUCAACUAUUAACGCACUGCUAAAAGAUUCUUCUUAGCCUGCUAGCCUCUGCUUAUUUACUGUGCAGUAGCUUAUCCCACAGGGGCGUGGGUGGCGCUGUGGGUUAAACCACAGAACCUAGGACUUGCCGAUCAGAAGGUUGGUGAUUUGAAUCCCCGCAACGGGGUGAGCUCCCGUUGCUUGGUCCCUGCUCCUGCCAACCUAGCAAUUCGAAAGCACGUCAAAGUGCAAGUAGAUAAAUAGGUACCUCUCCGGUGGGAAGGUAAACGGUGUUUCCAUGUGCUGCUCUGGUUCGCCAGAAUGGCCACAUGACCCGGAAGCUGUACGCCAGCUCCCUCGGCCAAUAAAGCGAGAUGAGCGCAGCAACCCCAGAGUCGGCCACGACUGGACCUAAUGUUCAGGGGUCCCUUUACCUUUACCUAGCUUAUCCCACUGGCUUCUGAAGCAAUCAUUAAGUUUCCUUCUUAAAGACAGAAGUUAAGGGCUGGGUUUUGAGUAGGUUUGUUAAACUGGUCUUAGCAUCUUAAGAUAUAAAUUGCCUUCAGGGGGGAAAAAUACUUGUUCUGUUUUCCUGUACCAGUUACCUUCUGGCAAGUCAAGCAGCACAUCUAGAGAGCCUGCAAAACUUCCCUUCUCUGGACCUAAGCAAACAGGCGCAAGUGGGAGUGUCCUGAACAAUCUUAAUGAGUACACCAUGGAAUGCGAACGUCAAAGAUUCCAGGAGUGUUCUAAACCCGAGAAACAAACCACAGGUAUGACGACUUUUUGCUUGUGAACAACUACAGCAGGGGUGGGGAACCUUGUUCAGCCCAAGGGCCAAAGGAAAAAGUGGGUGGAGCAAUGAAUACUUUGUUGAGUAAGCUAGCUUCUACACACAUUCUUCAUUGUCUUCCAUCCAAGUCAUUUAUCAGUUCAAGGGUACACUCCAGCCAAGCAAAAACACUCAAGGGCGUAUGAAGCUAGCCUAGAGAGGGCUCUGGCCUGGGUAGAUUGCCCAGAGCCAGACAGUAAGGCUUAGAGGGCUGCAUUUGGCCCCUGGGGCUGAGGUUCCCCAACUCUGAAUUACAGUGAAGGCACUGAACAUAUCAAACCAAUCAAAUUCUCCCUAGAUCUCCCAAAUCAUUAGCUCAGUAUUCUCUGGAAAGGGGAGCAAACAGGCUAAGUGGGAAAGGGACCAUAACUCAAAAGAGCAUAUGCUCUUGUCAAUCCCGGUUAGCUGCAGUUAAAAGAUCACAUAGCAGAUGACGUGAAAGACCCUAGUCAGAAUAGAUGGAUUGGGAGCACAGGGGUGCAGUUUGCCAGACUAACACAGAUGUUGAGAAAAUGAGGAUAAAAGUCCAAGAGGCUGAAUGCUAGUACUUUUAAUGAUAAAUAUCAUUGCAAGAAAGACUGAAUCAAUUAGAAAUGCAAAUGGUUUAGAAAUUGAACCUAUGAAAUCAGAUUACUCCCAAGAAAUUAUGAAAAGGAUGGACACACCUUAACAAGUAAACUGUUCCAAUUGCACCUGUAUUCAGUAAGGGGAAACCUUGUGCAUCAGAGAUUAGAAUGGAGUUUUAAAUUAUAAUGUAGUUUAGCAGCAAGGAAUCUUAGAAAUUAAUGGAAUCAACAGUAGAGGUCUUCACCUGCAAGUCCCUGGAUACCAACACUAGGACAACAGAAUAAGUAGAUAAAAAUUAUUUGUAUUAAUUGCAUGACUCCCUUCAGUGUAUUGAUGGUAGAGUACUGGACAUAGCCUGAGAGAGACCUGGCUUCACAUUCUUGCUGAGGCAACAUUAUCCUUCUUCACCUGCCUCAGUGUUAUAAAAUAAUUUACCUAUUUAUGCUGACCAGGGCUGCUUGUGGGGAAUAGUGAGUGAAGUUCCUGCUGCAGGAAUCUGAAGGCCUAAGUUCAUGCUGGGUGUACAGGUGUCAAACUCAUUUUUUUAGGCUCAUAUGGCAAGUGAUCCUUAUAUGCCUCUUUAAACAUCGCUGUCAACAUUCAGAUUUGAAAAUAAGGGAUCAGCAGCCUCACCUGUCCCAGGGAGUCUACGGGAUAUCUAACAAUCUGGGAUAGCAGCGGGAAAUGGCACUGAAAUAAGGGAAUUUCCCGCAAAAAAGGGAAGGUUGACAGCUAUGCUCUUUAAAUCAUGAUCCAAGGUCCUGUGUUAUAUUUCCUGUCUGAACUGCCAACUAGCUAGACUAGGCAAGACACAGCCAUUUCUACAGUGGUGCCUUCUUUGUGAAAAUCUCACCUGACUCAUCAAACAAUCCUACACAGCAGGUCAAUGUGCAGUUAAUGCAGAACACUUGAGGAUAUAGAAUAAAUUGCCCUGCAAUGACUUUUUUACAUUUUCUUUUGCUGCCUUCAGUAAAUUGUUGCUUGAUUUGAAGUGUGUAUUAUUAUUAUUAUUUUAUGCUACCUUUCAGAAUGCAAAAGUACCAUAGUGGGAUAUAAUAAAUAUUUUACAUGAAUUAUUUUUCAGGCACAGCUUUCAGUGAUGAUUCGGAUCAUGACUAUGAAGAAGUUAAGGAGGUUUAUGAAAUGACUUCCAAACUGCAAAGAGCUGUUAUUAAACACUGA